GCCGAAAAAGUUUUGUUUGUUGUGCAAUUGCUGAAAUAAAAAAAUACAAAACAAUUGAAACGUGCGAGAGGCGAGUGACAAUUUUAAACGUUAGUUGUUGGCUGUGUGAGAGGGAGAGAGAACGAAGAGCAAAAAGCAACGACAACAGUGAACGUGAAUCAAAAAUUUGUGUUUCCUUGAUCGGAAAAAGCGCAUAGAAACAAGAAUAAAAUCGAAAUGAAGAAGCAGCCUGCAUUUCUCUAGCAUUCUUGUGUGUGUGUGCUCGCGAGUGUGUGUGUGUGUGUUUGUAUUAGCUUAGUGAUAUUUUUAAUUGUGUCGCCGACAUUGUCGUGUUGCCCGUUUCCCGUUAGCCGAAUUAAUUCCGCUGUGGCGAACACAUUUGCCAUUAUUCAUUCAGUAGCAGCAACAGCAACAUUUACAACAGGCUCGUGUCUACGUGCCGCAACAAAGCAGCGUCAUCGUCACCUUGAAGUGCCACAGUCAGCUGCUUCUGCCUCUGCAGCAGCAACAGCAGCAGUCACAAGGCGUCGUCGUUGGUUCUUGUCGCCGUUUCCUUUUCCGUCGUCAACUACAACAAAGUCCCAAUUCUCGCAAAACUGGUGUCAAGGUAUAGCGACAACACACGUAUAUCACGUGUUUGAGGUAGACGACAACAUUGUAGUCAAAUAUCACGCGCUCGCUCUCUCGCGCUCUCUCUCAAUUGUGUAUUUUCGCCUGCUCACUGAGUGUUGUUGCCAUGUUUUCGCUACAGCAGCUGAUCAAAGCGACAGCAACAACGUCGUCGUUAGGUAGCGGCGGCGUGGGCGGCAUCGCAGAUCUAUACAAGUUCCUCAGGCAACUCAACAGCACAGCAGCGGCAGCUACACGCAGCGUGACGUCAUCAGCUAAAGACACAGCUACAGCUACAACUACAGCAAUACCAAAGCAAUCUAGUCAAGCGGCGUCGAGCGAAUUCAACUUCAGCGACGGCAGCGAGAACGGCAGCGUCAGUCACAGUUCGGCAUCGAUAGCGCACGGUUGCUGUUCGAGCGAAUCGGAAUCGAAAUCGAAAUCGGAGUCGGCGCACGACGUGAUUAUAUCAAAGCAAUUUGUACGCAAUUUACUGCAGCAACGCAGCCAGGACAUACAGCGAUUUAUUCAUACGCAAGGCAACGUCGAUAGCGCCAAGUCCUCGCAUCAACAUCAACCUCAUCAUCAUCACCAACAACAGCAACAGACAAACAAGUUUGCCAUGUCUUCACUGGCAGCCGAACCACUUCAGGCAGAGAUUUCCACCAGCGAUGGCAGCAGCAGCACAGUUUCCACUGGAGCAGCAAGCGAUGCCACUUCAUGCCACGAGGCAGCCUCCAAUGCUGGCAAGAAGCCCUGCUUCAACACUGGCCUCGCCGACAUUCUGCAGUUCAUGGAGCUCAUUGGCAAUCUCAAGCAUACCAAACGCACUGGCUGGGUUCUUCGCGAUGUGAACGACUGCGAGUCCAUCUCGGGACACAUGUAUCGGAUGAGCAUGCUUACUUUUCUGCUGGACGGCAGUGAGGGUCUCAAUCAGAUACGUUGCAUGGAGCUGGCAUUGGUGCAUGAUCUGGCCGAGAGUCUGGUGGGCGACAUUACUCCGUUUUGCGGCGUGUCCAAGGAUGAGAAACGUGCAAUGGAGUUUAAAGCUAUGGAGGAUAUAUGCAAACUAAUUGAACCGCGUGGAAAGCGUAUCAUGGAACUAUUUGAGGAAUACGAAAAUGCACAGAGCCCUGAGUCGAGGUUUGUGAAGGACUUGGAUCGAUUGGAUAUGGUUAUGCAAGCAUUUGAAUAUGAGAAACGCGACAAUUGCCUGCUUAAGCAUCAGGAGUUCUUCGACUCGACGGAAGGAAAGUUCAAUCAUCCAUUUGUUAAGAAGUUGGUCAAUGAAAUCUACGAGCAACGCGAUGUGCUGGCCAAGGCCAAGGGCGCCACGCCGCCGCCGGCGAUUGAAGUGCCUAAAAUGGAAUCCACAUUGUCGCCCACAAAUGUAACCAAUGGGCAUGGCAGUUCAAGUUGAACAUAGCAGACUUGCAACAGAUCUGUCUGUGUAAUUGUUUUAAGUUUUGAGAUCUAGGUUAGCACGCAUACACACGGAUACACAAUUUCAUACACACACACACACAUACAAGCACUUAAUUUUUAAGCCAAUCCAACUAACAAAUGAUUGUUAGGCCUACCUCGACACGCUCAUAGUUAGAAUUUAUAUUUAUCAUUUUAAUUUAUUAAACCUCUUGUUUUUAGCUUAACUAAUGACACGGCACUCUUGGCCAUGAUUUGUUAAACACUUUCCUUUAGUUCAAUUCUAUUUGAUUAAGCGUUAAAGUCAUAGCUAAAUACGAGAUUGAAGGUGUAACACAAUUGUACAUAAACCCAAACAGAAAUCUUAGCUAAUUUUAAACGUAUGAUGGCAAAAUAUUUUACGUAAAUGUUGUUAGGUGCAAGUUGUAUGCAAAUCAAAAGAAACAAGAAAAAAUGAGGAAAAAGAAUCAGAAAAAUAUAAACUGUGUAUGUCAAAACA